GAGCCGCGGCGGUGCGUCUGAGUGGGAGAUGGACUGAGGACUGAGUGAGGGCGCUCUUUCGACCACUGCUGCCGACAGCUUUUCAAACACCAACAAGCUAGGCUGAAAUAAAUUGACGAUUUCAGGUCGCUGAAUCAACAAGAAAAAAACAUAGCACCGUAAUCAAUCUUUCACAUCCCACUCCAAACACACUAACACGGCAUUGAUGGUAAUGUAUGCAAGGAAACAACCGAGACUCGGCGAUGGGUGCGACCGAAGAGAAUCUCAGCCCUAUCAGACUCUCAAAUACUCAUCUAAGAGCCAUCCUGGAGGGGACCACCGACAUGAAAAGAUGCGAGACUCCUCAGAUGUCACUCCUCCCUGCAAAAUGCUCAGGAGGUCUGACAGCCCUGAAAACAAACACAUGGACAGCACGGGACACAGCAGAGCAAAGGCUGUCCACACACACCGGGCCAGAGACAGGGAUGGAGGGACCAGUUAUUCUCCACAAGAAAAUUCUCACAACCACAGUUCCCUUCAUAGCUCCAACUCACAUUCUAACCCCAGCAAGACCUCAGACACACCUUACGAACCUGGCGACGACUGGUCAGAGCACAUCAGCUCGUCUGGAAAGAAAUACUAUUACAACUGUAGGACAGAGGUGUCCCAGUGGGAGAAGCCCAAAGAAUGGCUGGAGAGAGAACAGAGGCAAAAAGAGGCAACAAAGACGGUCGUCAACAGUUUCCCCAAAGACAGGGACUACAGAAGGGAGGCUAUGCAAGCAUCGGCUGCUCCUGGCUUUACUGGUGCUAAGUCAGCCCAGGUGGAGAAGCCCACAGCUACCCAGUCCCAGUCAUCAUCCUCAGGCUCAGGGAGCUUGAACCCCUCAUCAGGACCCCCUGGAUCAUCUGCCUCCACAGUUCCCGUGUCCCCAGUCCUUCAGUCCCCAGCCCCUCCACUACUCCAGGACCCCACCCUGCUUCGCCAGCUUCUCCCAGCACUUCAAACUGCCCUGCAGCUCAAUAAUGCCAGUGUGGACAUGGCAAAAAUCAACGAAGUUCUCACAGCUGCCGUCACACAAGCUUCAUUACAGUCGAUGCUCCAUAAGAUCCUUACUGCUGGACCAUCAGCUUUCAAUAUCACUACUAUCCUCUCUCAAGCUGCUCAACUCUCCAACCAAGCAGCUCAGCAAUCAAACCAGUCACCAAUGUCAUUAACAUCGGACGCCUCGUCGCCCAGGUCCUACGUUUCUCCGAGGAUCAGCACACCACAGACCAAUGCUGGUCCUCUUAAACCCCUCCUCAGCACGCAGCCUGUCAUCUCACAGCCAAAAGUGAGCACGCCAGCAGUUAAGCAGGCAUCUCAUCCCCAGCCAACAUCCCAGCAGCCCCUCUCCAGCGAUAAGCAGCACAGUCAUGAUGCCACCACCGCCUCCCCGCGCACGCUCCAGCGCCAAGGCAGUCAGAGGAGUCCCUCCCCGGGUCCCAACCAUGUCUCCUCCGGCAGCAGCAACGCCCCCAACUCUGCCUCCGCUCCCCCAACCUCCUCAGCAUCCCGGCCCUCCUGCACCUUCACCCCCACCCUUGCCGCCCACUUCAACGAGAAUCUUAUCAAACAUGUCCAGGGUUGGCCUGCUGAGCACGCAGAGAAACAGGCAUCAAGACUACGUGAAGAGGCUCACACCAUGGGGAGCAUCUGCAUGUCUGAGAACUGCACCGAGCUCAAAAACCUCCGUUCUUUGGUCAGAGUCUGUGAAAUACAAGCGACAUUGCGUGAGCAGAGGAUACUGUUUCUGAGACAGCAAAUCAAAGAACUUGAAAAGUUGAAGAAUCAGAAUUCUUUCAUGGUCUGAGAACUUCUGGUUGCGAGUUGGAAAGCGGGAGUUGGGGAGGGGUGGGGAAAGA